GGAUCCCCAGCGCUAAUCCUCUUCCGGCAAUCCCCCCACUACUCCACUAUUGUGUGCGAUAGAGAAUUCAGCAUAUGAUUGUCGAUCGCAGAUGAAGAAUCCUGGUUCGAAUGACAAUUCUGCACCACCUGAUCCUCCGUGAAUAGGGGGCGCGACGACGACUCAAAUGGCGGACGCAGAUGACUUCGAAACGGGGGACCUAUUCAAGGACCCCGAGGGCUUCUACGAGCCUGAGAAGGAGCCCACCUUCGCCGAGCACCACAUGCUCUCCGGCCAAACGGUGCGCGUGCGCUUAGUUGGAGACCAUCCUCUAUAUGGUAACCUCCUCUGGAACGCCGGCCGAACAAGCUCCCACUACAUCGAAGAACGUGCACACGAGCUCAUCGCCGGCAAAGAUGUGCUCGAGAUCGGCGCCGCCGCCGGCGUCCCCAGCAUCAUCGCCGCGGUUAUGGGCGCCCGCACGUCCGUGAUGACCGACUACCCGGAUCCCGAUCUCGUCGGCAAUAUGCGCUACAAUGCGGAGAUCUCCGCGCCGUUGAUCCCCAAGAACUCGUCCCUCCACGUUGACGGAUACAAGUGGGGGAACCCAGUGGAACCUUUGCUGACGUACCUGCCGGCUGGGUCGACGGGUUUCGAUGUCCUGAUCAUGGCGGAUGUGGUUUACAGUUGGCGGGAGCACGGCAAUUUGAUCAAGACGAUGCAGAUGGCGCUGAAGAAGUCGCCCGAUUCUGUCGCCUUGGUGAUCUUCACCCCGUAUGAGCCGUGGUUUCUGCCCAGGACGGAGACGUUCUUCCCGUUGGCGGAGCAGAAUGGGUUCCGUGUGACGAAGAUCUUUGAGAAGCUUAUGGAUGCGGUCCUGUUUGAGAAUGAUCCUGGUGAUGAGAAGCUUAGGAGGACUGUUUUUGGAUACGAGAUUAGAUGGGCCGACGAUCAGCUCAAAUAGACGAUGCAUAGACUAGAUACCAUGGCGUUGGUUGGUGAAAAAAGCAUUGGAAGGUUUCACAAUGCAUGAAGUGACGAAUCACGAAAAUGGUGCAGAUGACCGACUUAUUUGGAAUAUAAUAAGUCGUUGAUGUGCAAGAAUAAAAGUCUUGAUUAUCUUAUACUCUAUAAAUACUCAUAGCUUCUACAAGCCGAGCCGCUAUUAUUUAUAAGUGCUAGAGGGACCAUGUCUUUGAUACUGAAUGUAGACGCUCGAGAAAGACUUUAAUAAGCAGGACGAGGCUUGGCAAUGAUAUAUACUUAUUUUAUGCAGAGGUAAAGACGCACAUUGGCUGCGGAGCGGUCUAUGUUCAAUUUGGAUUUGGAUAUCAGAUAUAUCCAUAUGAUUGCCCUCCGCUCCACACAGAACAAGAAAGAGACCAAGAAAGAACGAAAAGGA